AUGUUGGAAUAAACCUAAACAUAAACAAUUAAGGAAUUCAAUAAAAAAUACAAUAUUAUUACAAAUCCACUUGAAUUUAAAUUUGAAGAGAGAUAUUUAUAAUAUAAGUAUAACACAUUGUUACCUGAAUUCUAAGAUAGUCUAUUGCAUGAUGUAAAUUGAUUUAAUUAUAUGUAUUUAAAGAUAAAAGCUGCCAUUCUUACAGCAUAGAAGGGUUAUAUAACUAGGAAGGUAUUGAGGUAUCAUUUAAUGAAUCCAUGUCCUGAUAUUUUUACAUUGUAUAAAGUAGAUGAUAAUUAAAUUUAGGAAUCCCUACGACCUAGGCUUCAGAAUAAUUUUUAUUUCUCAGGAAUGGGUAGUGGAAUUAAAGUAGAUAAUAUAAAUUGGCCAUUCCAAGAGGGUUUUGGAUUCUGUAUUUGGAUUAAUGUUGAGAAUGUCAUUUAUGAUUAAUUUAAUGAGUGUAAUUUGGGAGUUUAAAAAAUUGUGAGUGUUCAUGCUUAGGGUACAACAAAUGGAGGUGGAAUUGAAUGUUUUAUAAUGAGAGGAUCAGUUUACUAUAGAAUAAUUGGAAAUGAAUAUAAAGAACCUUAAAUGGGUUAGGGAACAUUAUUUAUUGGUAAUUUAAAAGAUGGAUAAAAUUUUAUUGGGAUAUCUCAUGAACCAUAGAAAACAUUUUCAUCUUCUCAUCUUACAGUAUAUUAAUUAUAAUAAAUAAAUAGAUUCUUUUUAAUAAUGAAUAGUAGAAUACAAAAUUAAUUGAAUUACCUCGUUUAAAUUAGAAUGCACGUAUGACUAGAUUCAAUAUUUGUGAGAAUUUGUUUGGAACAUCAACAUGUAUAAUCAUAAUGAAUCAAUCUUCAACCAAGUUUGAAAUUAUUUAUUAUAUAGAAUAAAAACAAUUUAAUCUGUUUAUGGAUAAUAAUUGAUGGAUUAUAAUAAAUUGAAAACAUUAUAGGCUUGUUUAGAUAAAUACUUUGAUCGUAUAAUGGCAAUCUAUAUACCAGAAUUUACAAAUGGAAAUCGUAUCUUUGAUAUUAUAGGUAAUAAUGAAGCAAUUUUACAAAAAAAUACAGGUUAUGUUGUAGCUGAUAAAAAUAAAUUUAAUUAAUUUGGAGGAUUCAAAUUAUUUUAUGCUCUUCUUCAUUUAGCUUGUAAUAAUUAAGAUCAUAUAAUAAUUAUGUUUGAAAUUAUCAAUAUGAUAUUCAAAAAUAACAAUUAACUUUAAGAAGAAGCAUAUCAUUGCAAAUUCAUACCUACAAUAGCAUCUAUUAUUAUGAGUUUUUAGAAACCUUUUAUCAAUAUUAAAUGUAUUGAAUUAUUGAAUGAAACCAAAUCAAUAAUUACAGAUAAUAGAUUAAUGGAACAUUUCUUUAUUUAUAUUUUAUGGAAUUCUAAAUUACAUUAAUAAUGCAUUUCAGAAAAAGCAUUUAAUAAUUACUUAUAAUUAUCUUGUAUUAAUUAUAUACAGAAUCAAUAUAUGAAUAUCAUAACCUCUAGAGAUUUAUUAGAUAUUUUAAUGUAUUCUUAUAGUGAAGAUCAAUGUUGUCAAUAACAUUAUAAAAAUCCCAAAUCCUCUUUUUAAUAAUUAUUCUUUGAUAGAAUUCUCUAUUUAUUAACUUAAUAAUCUGAUGUCACUGAAUAGUUAAUUCUUUUUGAAUCCUAUUUUCUAUGUAAAAUGUCACCAUGUCUAUUAUUAAAAUUAUUAACAAUACUUAAAGUAUAUCUAUUCUAAUUUAAUAGAGUCUAUUAGUUGACAAUCUAGAUGAAUCUAUCAAAACUAACCAGAUUUUAUAAGUAUGGAAUCAAAAUAAUAUUGUUUAUCAAUUAUUAUUUCUAUUCAAAACUACUUCAUCAAAUUAUAUAAGAGCUAUGAUAAUUUAUUUCUUAAAUUUGAUCUCGUAAUAACAAUACAAUCAUUAUUCAUCAUAAUAAACAGAAGAAGCAAUAUAAUUUAUUAAUUAUUCAAUGAUUUUAGAUAAGGAUGAUGAUUAAUAAUAAAGUUAUACUUUAUCACCAAUAUAUAAUCAACUUAUAGGUUGGAUGAUACAUAAAUUAAAAAUAGGAAAUAAUGAAUCUGUUAUGAUUGAAGAAGGUGAUCAAAUUAAUUGUUCAGGUAUUAUCAAUAUAAUUAUAAAAAUAUUGAAAUAUUCUUAAGAUGAAAAUCUUAAAGCAUAAAUUCUGUAAGAUUUCUUAUGUUUAUGUAAAUCCCAUUAGAAUAAUUGUAAGAUAAUGUUAGAUGAAGAACAUUUUCAAUAAUCAUUAUUAGGAAUCAUAUCAAUUUAAAUAGAAAAUAAUUUAGUAAAAUAUAAUAAUCUUAUUAUUAGAUCUAUGAAAUUGGAAAUAGAUUACAUUCCACAUUACUUUUAAAUGUAUUGAAAUAUGAGAUUAAUGGAGCAGAGUAUUUUUAUGAUUUACUCAAUUUCAAUGGUGAUAAUGAUAAAUAAAUCCAAGCACUUUUUGAAUUACUCUAGUAUAUGCAUUCUUCAAUAUUUUAGUGAUUAAUGCAAAAAUUAUUCACCUACUUAUGAUUCAUAAAUAUGGAAGAAUAUUUUGACUAUUCUUAUGUAUCUAUUUGAAAUGAAAGAACGUUAUCUAAAUUAUCUAUAGAAAUUCAAUAUGUUAAUUAAUUUACUCUAUAAAGAUUAUAUAUUUAAUAAUAAUGGUAUUGAUAUAUAUUUGUAUUAAUUAUAGAACAAUUUACAAAAAUUUUUAAUUACUAAAAUAGUCCAAUUAGAGAUUUAUCAUUAAGAAUGUUUAAAUUUUUAAACAGUAAUUUAAAUCAUUUUUAAGUGUUUGAAAUUCUGUUAAGUGUCAGUGAUUAAGAGAAUCUUUAUUAAUUAUUAUUAGUACAUUCACUUUGUCAAGAGAUUUGUAAAUCUGAAAUAUUUUAUCCAUUAAAAUCAAUUCUAUCUGCAACACUUAAGAAAGGUUCCAAAUAAAGAAUUAUAGAAGUCAUAAAAUAAAUAUGUUAAAUGAUCAAUAUAACUUUACAAAAGAAUAACAAUUCUAUAUUAUAUAGUUUCUUCUUAGAAGUCUAUGAAGAUUUUGAUUAAUUAUUUGAUGCUCUACUUGCCACAUAAUUCACUAAUGAUAAACUUAUUGAACAAUUAAUCAAUAAAAUUAAAUUAGAUCAAGAAUAUGUAGAUAUCAAACCAAUUCAUCCUUAACGAUGGUCUAAAGAAUCAGGUGUUUCCUUAAAUACUUUACUUAACGAUGUUUAAUCAUUUGGUGAAUCCCGUCUUAUCUAAAUGGAAGAAAGGAAAACAUAAUGGUUAUAUCUUGAAAGCAACAAAGAAAGAAUUGGUAGACAUCAUUACUAUAAAUCUCUUAAACAUAUCUUUUUAGAGGGAGAGUGGAUUUCAAAUAAGAAAGGAUUCUAUUAGAGAGAUUCCUUUAUAUAAGACUAUAAUAUAGAAUUCUAAAUGGAUGACAUCUAAUCAGUCAAGGUUUCUAAAAUGCUAACUAAAUCUUUAGCUCGUCCUUACUUAAAAACUGUUGUGAAAAUACCAGAAGAAUUUAAAAAUAAAGCUGUAAUUCACACUCCUUAAGAAGCUCCAUUAUUAUUAUAUCCUCAUUCUAAAUAAAAAUUCUUUGGAAAUUUGUAAGCUAUACAAACUGCUACCUAAAUUUAUAAUAUAAGUAAAGCCAUUGGCAAUAAUAUUAAGAAUGUUGUAAAAACCAUUGCAACUCAAUAACCAUUUACUUAAUAAUUGAAUGUGAAAUCUUUUGCAGAUAACACAUUUAAAGGUAAAAGAAUUUUAGUGAUUGAUGGUUUAUACAUUUACCAUGCCUUUUUCUCCUUUAACUAUACUCAUCUCUUAGUAUAAUAUGAGAAUUUAAUUGAAAAAGCUAGUCAUGUUUCUCUUUGUGAUUUCUAAUUAAGAGAUGAUUAAUUACUUAUUAAAUAGUAUCCAAUAUACAAUCUUGUGUAAAUUGUUAAGAAGAAAUAUUUACAAAAAAGAAAUGCCCUUGAAAUAUUCUUUAUUGAUGGGUAUAUACAUAUGUUAAAAUAAUAAGUAAAUCUAUAUUCUUCAGUGUUCCUGAUCCAAAUGAUUUAGAAGAAAUUUCAAUUAAGAUUUUGAGUUUUAGAAAGAGUUCCGAUGCCCCAUUUUUCAAUUAAAGUAAGACAACAGAUCCUAUUAAAUUGAUUGAUAAAUAGGGAUACUAUUAGAAAUGGGUUAAGUAUACACUUAUUAUUAUUAUUAUUAAAUAGAUCUUAAAUGAGUAAUUUCAAGUAUUUACUUAUGAUUAAUAAUAUGUCUUCAAGAAGUUAUAAUGAUUUAACCUAAUAUCCAAUAUUUCCAUGGGUAUUAUAAGAGAAUGAUCACAGUGUAUAAAAUUAAAUAUAACCAAUGAAAAUAUAUCCUGAAGGAAGAUUCAGACCAUUAUAUAAGACCAUGGGAGCUAUGGGAAAUGAAUCUAGAAUUUAGAGUUAUAUAGAGAGAUUUGAACAAUCUGAAUAGGGGAGUGAAAUACCUCCAUUUCAUUAUGGUUCACAUUAUUCAUCUCCUGCCAUUACUUCUUAAUAUAUGAUUAGAUUGGAACCAUUUACUAGUGCAUCCAAAGCUAUAUAAGGAGAUAAGUUUGAUAUGGCAGAUAGAUUAUUUUAUUCCUUUAAUGAAAGUUAUCGUUGUGCAAUUGAAGAUAUUGCUGAUGUUAGAGAACUCAUUCCAGAAUUCUUUUGUUUACCAGAAAUGUUUCUUAAUAUUUCAAAUCUUAAUUUUGGCAAAACUCAAAAUGGUAUAUAAGUAAAUAAUGUCAUAUUACCCAAAUGGUGUGAAGGUAAUCCUUGGAUGUUUGUAGCUGGUUAUAGAAAUGCUUUGGAAAGUGAAGAAGUAUCUAAACAUCUACCAGAAUGGAUAGAUCUAAUCUAUGGAUAUAAGUAAAGAGGCAAGGAAGCCUAGAAAUCAUUAAAUGUUUUCUUCUAUCUUACUUAUGAUAGUGCUAUCACUAUGUAAAAGAUGGAAGAGAAUAAAUUAGGAAUUGAAUCUUAAAUAGUUAAUUUUGGAAUCACACCUCUAUAAUUAUUUACUAGAUAACAUAGUGAGAAGAAUAUAAAUAAUGAAUAUCAAUUUGUUUCAACUUCAUCCAAUUUAUCCAACUUUACACCUAUUUAAAAGAAGAAUCUUUCCAAUCAUUUGAAACCCAUUAUUGAUUACCAACCUUAAAAUAAUUAACCUAUUGUUUUGAUUAAAUUAAUAUCUAAUGUUAGAUUAUUAUGCUUAAGGAAAGAAGGUAAGAUUCAUUAUUUCAAAUACACUGCUUCUAGUGAACCUAAUGAACCUCCAUUUACAUUUGCAGCUGAAAAGGAAAGAUAAAUGAAUUUUGCUAAACCUUAAGGAGAAACCUUCUUCUUAUGUGAUCCUAUUGUUUGUCUAACAUCCCAACCAAUUUUAAUCUUAAAUUAAGGAAAACUAUUCCUAUGUGGUGGUUACUUUCUUGGUAAAUUAAUUGCCAUUGGAGAAAAUAAUCAAAUUAAUGAUGUUUAUUCAAUCCAUACAAGUACCAUUACAAAAUUGGCAACUGACAAAAAAGAAUCCAUUAUAAUAUCUGGAGAUAAAACAGGACAUGUAAUACUUUGGAAAAUAGACAAAAAUACUUAUAAGCUUUAAGUCUAUAAAAUGUAUUUCCAACACUAAUAUUAAGUAUAAUUGUUGUUAUUAAUAGAUUAAUUGCAUUUAUGUAUCAAAUGAGAUGAAAUUGUUUGCCACUGGUUGUGCAGGAGGAUCCAUUUAUGUGUAUAAUCUUUAUAAUGGAUCCCUUUUGAGAUCAUUUGCACAUCCCAACAAACACACUAUAAACUCUAUCAUAUUGAGUAGUCGUCCCCUCUUUUGCAUUGUUUUCUUCUCAGCUCAAGAUCAUAAGAUAUAUAGUUAUUCAAUAAAUGGAUACUUAUUAGAUGUUUAAUCAGAGACAUGUUUUUCCAUGAAUGAUUGUCAAAUCAUAAGGAAUAAUCUUUAUUAAGAUAUUAUGGUAUUGUAUGUUUAUUAGAAUAUAGAUCUAUGGUACAGAAAAUGGGGAGAUAAUUAGGAGAUCAUUACCAUAUCUAUAGACAUAUCAAGCCAAUAUUAAAAUCAAAUUUAUUCCAUUAUCUAUUGUUCUAUCAAAGGAUAAAAGGUUUUUAUUUUGUGGACGCAGUGAUGGAGAUAUUACGAUAUUGACAGAAACAUAACUUAACAAAUGA